UGGUACAUCACUCAACAUUCAGCUGUUCGCUUCCGAAUCGCCAUCUGAAUGCAAUAUAGUACACUGCUUUUAUUCUGUUCUCAUAAUGGAUAGUAUGCAGAACGUGGAUACGACGAUAGCUAUCUAAAUAUCGAAUUUGGACAGACCUGUCAGAUUUUUUUUGCGGAUUCUUUUCGUUCCCCGGGAACAUCUCGAUUUCCGAAUUGCGACAUUGCUUGUGUGGGUUUUGGUCUGCAGUCACUUCUAACCUGACAUUGAGAAGGAUCGACUUCUGAAUUAACAAGAAGUGGUUUUAUUAUUGUCUUCAGAUACCAGUUAAAGAGCGCUUGAUUAUUUAUUAGUUUUGUGUGCCAAAAACUUUGUGGCCGUAUGAUGGCAUGUAGAAUUAGAGAAUGAGUCAACCCCGGAACCAGUUCAUGUAACCUUGGGAUAAUACUCGUUAACUUGCAAUAAGAAAAUGUACAAUGCCAUGCACAAGUACAUCCGUGCUAUGUUGGUUAUCUUUCUGCCGACACUGAUCCUGACGAAUGGACAAUACGUUCAAUGGCCCGAAUACGACUGCGACAUCGAGAUCCAUAGCGUGGAAGGUGGCAAGAAGACUGGCACCUUCAAAUCGCCCAACUGGCCCGACAAGUACACGGACAACAUGCAUUGCUUCUUCAAAUUCAUCGGACUGCCCAACGAACGCGUACACGUCAACUUCACCUACUUCAAGGUUAAGGGAAUCUCACCAAGGUGCGAACGUGACUACGUCGACAUCUACACCCAAGGUGAAUACCCAGAACAGGACUUACUCGACAUCCCCCUACAGGGACGCUACUGCGGUGACCAGGAUGGAGAUGAACCACCAGCAAUGGUUUCAAGCGGACAGACCUUCAUUGUUGGAUUCUUCACCGACGGAGACGGCAAGACUGCCCAGGGAUUCUUCGGAAACUAUGCCUUCAUUGAUGACGAGCAAUACAAUAUGGGAACCCCAGCACCUAACAAAUGCGGCUACACCAUCCACUCAAGGAACAAGCCCACCGGAAUGAUCAUGUCGCCCACCUUCCCCGGAAUCUACCCAGACAACGCUUACUGCUUCUACAACCUCCAGGGACGACAGGGUGAACGUAUCAAGCUCGACUUCGAAGUCUUCGACCUCUUCAGCGGUGGUGACCAUUGCCCCUUCGACUUUGUCCGCAUCUACGAUGGAUACACGAGCCAGACCCCCAUCAUCGGAACCUACUGCGGCAAGCACAAGAAACUGACCAUCUUCUCCACCAGCGAGGCCCUCCACAUCGAAUUCGUCACCAAGUCCGGACGCGUCCAGCCAACUGCCAAGCCCUACAAGCCAUACUGGGAACUCCAGAAGGACUACGAAAUCGAACGCACCGGAUUCAAGGCCCAGUACACCUUCAGCGACAAAUUCGUUAAGCUUAACUUCAUCCAGGGAUCCAACGCUCACCACAUCCGCGGAACUGAAUGCGACAUGAGGGUACUGAGCGCUGGCGAGAGCAACGGAACCAUCACCUCACCCAACUACCCCCACGCCUACCCAUUGAACGUCACAUGCCGAUACUACAUCGACGGAUUCAUGGACAAGCAGAACCUCGAGAAAGUGCGCCUGAACUUCGAGAAAUUCCAGCUGCCCGUUAACGGAGGCCGAGGGCACCAUCAUCACCACAGGCACCACCAGUCCUCCGCCAUGAGCCUGAAAAUGGAUGAUGAGUCCAGAUGCCCCAACGGUUACGUCAAAGCCUACGGAAAGGGACAGACCGAGAGUGACAAGCCCGAUGGUGAAUUCUGUGGCUCUGAAGUCGAAAGCAACUUCAUCUCAUCCAACCCCCGUCUCCUCCUCGUCUUCGACUCACAUGGCAAGAAGGCCGGCCAGGGAUUCAAGGCUAACUACAAAUUCGAGGUCGACUACGGAAUACCAUCCGGCACCAUGGCCACCCCAAGGAAAUGCCACUUCAUCUACAAGUCUGACGGAACAACCGAGAGCAAGCAGGGAUCCACCAACUCCCCACGUUACCCAGGCAGCUACCCCAAGGAUCUCAACUGCGUCUACGAAUUCCACGGCCUCCCCAACGAACAGGUCCGAGUGUCCUUCGACAACUUCUUCCUCGCUGGCGAUAAGGCUCUCUGCAACGAAGAUUACAUUGUCGCUUACAGCAUCUUCCCCGACGGCCAGAAACUCAUCGGCAAAUACUGCGGCUCAGACUUCCCCGGCCCAAUCAUCACCGAACCUGGCGCAAACAGGCUGAAACUCAUCUUCCACUCCAACGAAAAGGACGUCAGCGUCGGAUUCAAGGCCAACUACGACUUCAUCCCCAAGCAACACAUCUUCAAGGAGUGCGGUGCCAACAUUACCCGAAGCCACGGCGGAGUCAUCACUAGCCCCAACUACCCACAGAAAUACCAGAUCAACUUCAGCUGCGAAUGGUGGAUCUACCCAACUUCCCCAAUGAACAAGAUUCUCCUCCAGUUCGAAGACUUUGAUAUGGAAGGAACCCCAAGAAGCUGCCAGAACGCCGAGGUCCAGAUCUUCACCGACAACCGUGGUGUACCACAGGAGAGCCUUUGCGGAACCCAGAACCGAGACAAACAGUUGAUCUCCAACGGACCAAUGAGAAUCCGAUUUGUUGUUGGCCAGCACUCAGUCGGCGGCGGCAAAGGCUUCAAGCUCUCCUACACUGAACUCCUCUACGACCGUGGUGAUGACUGCUCCGGUGUCUUCAAAUGCCAACGCUCCGGAUACUGUAUCGCCAAACAUCUCGAAUGCAACAAAGUCAGAAACUGCGGCGCUGAAGACGAAUCUGAUGAAACCAUUGCCUGUCCAUCUGAUAAUAAUGGCCCCAAACCACCAGCAUACAACGUCCUCCAUAUUGCUCUCGGCGUCGCCAUCACCCUCUUCCUCCUCAUCAUCAUCCUCGUGUGCAUGUUCCACCGCCGAAGGAGGUCCAUGUCCCAGAAGGUGAAACACCCCCACCACAACAUCAAGUCGGACGAAUCCGACAUCCGAUUCAUGAUCGACCAGGCCCAUUGCAGUAAAUCAUCAGACCGAAUGAUCAACCGGGAAACAAUGCAGAAAAUCUCCAUCGUAUGAGUUGAAUGCUGAAUUUAGGAAAAAACUUUAACAAAUUUUCAAAGUGGCAGUUUUACGGAUUAACUUAACCAUUCGAUUACCAUGUGGUUAGGAACUUUACAGAACAAUUCUGUUUUUCAUCCGAACUUUGUGAUAUGAUCGACGACGAUUCCUGCUAGUCGGGAAUGUAAGGACGCCGCGCUUGUGUCAUAGGCGGCUGCGAUACUGACUUGGUGCGAACUGUCCACUUGUUACGAUACUGUUCCAGCGACAGUCUUCCAAAUUCGGGAUGGAGUAUUACGGAUACAGACUUAUGCAGAACUGAAUGUGAUUGAGCUCUCCCUUAUACGAUCUUGCGUUGAUUCUAAGUCUGCAUAGGGUGGCACCCUAUGCAGAACCUUCAUAUCACCUUACACCCCAAGCAAACGGUUCGCGUUGGCAAACCGUAUGCUGGGAAACUUUCAAAAUUAUUCUAAAAAAUCACCUCUAAAUUGAAAAUUUCUACAAUCUUUCGAUUUCUGUUUCUCUUAUUGCUAUCACAAAAAGGAAUAUAUUUCUCUCUAUUGCAAUUGAUACUAGAUUACUGUGAUAGUCUGAAACUAGUAUUGCAAACGGUGAUAUGCCAAGCAAACAGCUGGACUGAUUGAUUAGGCUUAAAGCCUGACAUGUACAGUGUUAAAUCAUCACAAAUGCAGAGCUCCAAUCAGGAUAAUGUUUGGACUGCUGAGGGUUUCGACAAAUGUUACGAAAGUCACAGUGAUGGCUCGCCGCGUUUCUUGUGAUUGAGAAACCGGUGCGCGCGGUCAAAAUUUGUCAAACCCAAAAUAGGCUUUUUCUUUGAAAAUGACCUAUAUCAUUACAAUUCAUUUAUGUCUGUACAUCAGGGCAUGUUCAGUACCUGAGCAUUGCCUGGUGUCGGAUGAUAAUAGAUAAUAACAACAGUAGCGUAUUGUGCACAAAUCGAACGAACUUAUCAGAAGUUUAAAAAGCUCAAUUAGUCAUUCAAACCAGCUGUUGACAGCUGCUUUGAAACGGAACAACUUCGAAAAUCUUGAAGUGGUCUUCACUUCGACCUUGUGUCAUCUUGAGGUCAUGUUUUGGCUCAGUCAACUCACAGUACGCUAUUCAUAAUCAAGUCUGAUGUAGAACAUCAGUUACUCCAAGUCUUCAUUAAAAUCAUUUCGUCUUCAGCAUUCGUUCAUGACAGAAUUUAAGUUCAUUUGAGUUAUCUCAUUCAAAAUUAAACAAUUUAGUUGAUUUUUGUUGCUGUGUAAAAGUCCAUGUUGGUGAAAUUAGGAGACGAAGGAAUGAAUUGUAUGAUUAUAAAUGACACUUUUGUAUCAUUAGUAAUGACUUAUAACCAUGACAAUUUAAGCCGUAGUGACGUUCUCAGUCGAACUACUGGCAUAUAAAUGGCAUAGGGGUUUUCUUCUAAGAAAUGACAUCUCUCUCUAUUGACAAAUGCCUCCACCCCUUUGCCUCAUUCGAAAACUUUCUUCAUGGGCUUAGUGCGUUAAUUCUGUAAGUAUUAUCAUCAUCAGACUCGGCAUCUGUCUAAACAUCCCAUAAUUGCAGAAUCAUAUGAUACAGAUCCAUAAGCUGCAAUUAAAACGAAUGGAAAAUUCAAAAAGUGAAAAAAUUUAACUUCGCUCAAAACGAUCGAUUUUAGUUUUGUUUCCAUUAUCAAACAGAUGCCAGUCGAUCUAUCCUGGUCCUCUACUCCUCUAUUCAUGUUCAGGGUAAUCCAGUCUUAUCUGGCCGACCUUGUUCACGAAUACAGGCGUCAAGGGUCCAAACACUGUAUAUUAUUAUCACUAGUUAAUGAAUUUCAUUAUAAAUAUCUUCUUUUCUACUACAAGAAUUUUAUACUAUUCUGUGCUUAACUAUAACAUUUGUAUAAUUUCUAUGCGUUUUGUACAGAAUAAUAGAAGUUGAUGUUAAAUGGUUUAAGAAUUUAGUUGAAUGUCAAACACAUGCACUUUGAUUUUUUCAGAGAUUCAUAGAUUCAAAGAUAUGUAAAUGUGUAAAAACACAUGUAAAUAUGUGUCUAAACACAUGUAAAAUGUGUAUAAACACAUUUGAAUGUGUCUAAACACAUGUGAAUAUGUGUAGAAACACAUAAUGAAUCUCUUGUUUAUCCAAAGCAAAUCUAUAUUUAGUUCAAUCAAUUUUAUCUGUUCAAAAUUUUAAGUUUAGUUUUAACUUGUAAACUUCAACACUGCCAAUUUUUAGUUCAUUUUGGUUCAUUCCUUUACUUUAAUUUGAAAUUUCUCUCUUCAAUUUUGAGUUUAUUUCUAUCUAUAUUAAUCUAUCAAACACAAAUGUACAAGCUUUUGUCUGUCAGAAACUGACCAAGACAAGCUAACAAAUAUUUACAAUUCGAAAGUUUUCAUUUUUUGUUUCACUUUACUUUGGUGCUAGUCACUCAUUUCAUUCGAGUUCAUUUUUUUCUUCCAAUUAUUUCCUUUCACUUACUAAUGUAAUCCUUGGUUUGAUUUUAGUUAAUUUAUCUGUCCACUCUGCAAUCAUAACACUCAGUUCUCAUGGUUAACAUAUCUGUGGUUAAAAACCUCAAAAUUAAGUUACUUGAGUUUCCUUUAGUAAAUUUCAAUUUUUAAACCUUUCUCAAACUAUUAAGUUACUUUUAGUUUCCUCUCUUUUCAUUUCUAACUUUGCUUUGGGUUAGUCGUGGUUUGAAAAUUAUUUUUGGCCUGUUAAUAAAUUGGGUCAAGUUAUUUUAUUUUCCUGGUAAAAUGGUACUGAAUUAUAAUAAUUGUUAAUCUGUUAAUGGAAGCAUAUAAAGAAAAUUCAAAUUACCUACAAGAAAAAUACUCGCUAAAAAUAGAGCCUUUUCGCUUAAGAUCUUCAUUUGAGAUAUUGAGUGCUUCAAACUAUGCAUUCCCAGUUGCAAUCUGCACUAUGCUUCCUGAGUUCAGAACACAAUUCAUAAUCUUUUUUGUGACCAAUUCAUAAAAUCACUUUUUUUGAAUUUAAUGUUUAGUAAAUCCCACAUACUUUAGUCCCCUCAGUUGUAAUUCAAAAAUGUAUCACGUUUACUCAAAUAUGUAAUCAUUUACAGGGUCUUUGCCAAUCUAAGAACCAGUGUAGAAGGUGCCACUACACUAUUAUGCAAUUUAUUGCACUGGUACAGUUCUCCACUUGGUCUUAAAGGCAGGGCCCCUGCUGUGAAGUCCCCCAUUUUUUUCUCCCUUACAAAUAUUCAAUUGUGGGUUAUUUUUUGGUAGUUUGGAUCUUUCAGUGGGUUUCUUUAUCGAUACGCACUGUAGAAAAAUGAAUAACUUCGUAGAUGGUCUCAGAAUGUAAAGUUGACUCAACUAUCAUCCCAUGCAGUGAUCAAAAUUUGAGAAAAAAAAACAUUUAUAAUCAUCAAAAUCAUUCAUUCACAAAUCCACAUUUUUGGAAUAUUCAUCUUUUUGAAAGCAAAACAAAUUCUUUCGCCAUUACAAAUUAGAUGCUACAGUUUUGAGCAGUAGAAACUGCCUCUUCUCUGAUUGGUCCAUCGGAUGACAGUUGUUUCAAGCCAUUUGUAUAUAUUUUCAAUGCAAUAUCUGAGAUACAGUUGUAGAUACAAUGGAAAAUAGUAUAUAGACUAUACAUACUGUAUAAAUAAUGCAACGAGAUUUAGUUCAUUAGUAUGUGAUCUUGCUUUUCCAUCUGAAACUGUUCUUAAAGAUUACACUCUCCAUAGACAAGGAAAAACUAUCAAAUCAGGUUAUUAUAAAACCUGGAAUGGAGUACUCUGAUAAAGCAAUGCUCGACACUUCAUGUAUAAGUAUGAUAAGAUUUCAAUGAAAAUGAUUUAAAUCUCUCUAGGAUUACUUCUAUUAGCGUUUAGAAAAAUGAAAUUCCUUGUCCAUCAGAUGUGUAGUUUCUAAGUUUAGCAAAAGAUGUCACUCACUGCAACACCGUGGUAGUCUGGUGAAGUGUUGAUUUGUUAUAAAUAAUUUUGCAUAUGAAUAUAAAUAUGUAAACAACUUUUGUAUGACGAUACGAUGUGCCAAAGGGCUUUAUAAUAAAUAUUUUCAAAAUAUGAUUA